AUGGCUGACAUUGAAAAUUUGUGGGGUGGCCCUACAGAAAAGAGUAAUGUUUUAGGGUGGUAUAAGCGGAGGGGAACUGCAGUGACCAUGAAGCGCAUGCUGGAAACCUCAUUUCCUGGCAUUCAUGUUAUCUUGCAGAAUUAUCCUCCUCCAUUCCCCAAGCGUGUACUCAGCAAAGUUAUCCCAAUUGUUCAAGUUGGAGCCAUUGCAACAAUACUGGCUGGUGACCAGAUUUUCCCAAGGCUUGGAAUGGUUCCUCCUCCAUGGUACUACUCACUUCGCGCCAAUAGAUUCGGAACCAUGGCAACAAUCUGGCUAUUUGGCAAUUUUGCUCAGUCCUUUCUACAAAGCUCUGGUGCCUUUGAAGUUUACUGCAAUGGAGAUUUGGUAUUCUCAAAACUUGUUGAGCAGAGGUUCCCUAGCGAGUUCGAGUUGCGGGACCUUAUUGGCAGCAGACUGCCGGAGUCUCCAUUUGGGAGGAAUCUGGGGAAAACCUUGACUUAG